AUGGUUAAAGAACUGGCUGAAUGGGAAAAGCACCGUGAGCGCCUGGUGAGGCAAGUUAAGGACUUUGAGAAGGCUAAGGUUGCGUUUGCCGAAGAGAAAGCUAAGUUCGAGUCUGAUAAGAAAUCGGAGGAGUGGGGCCACGACGGCCUUAGGGGCAAGCUAUGUGCUGCGGAAGAGCUCUUGUCGAAAGAGCGUGCUGAAUGGAAGGAAGUAUGUAAGAAAGACAACCAACGCAUGUAUGCCGCUUGCAAUAAGAUUACCGACCUUGAGGCCCAGAUCACUACAUUAACAAAGAAGGUCAAGGAUGUUGGAGCGGACAAGGAGCGCGUUGAGGCUGAGUUAAAAGCGCAAGUGGUCAGCAAGGACAAGGACUUGCAUGCCAAGGAUGUAGAGAUUGCGGAGUUGAAGCGUAGAUUGCGUGAGCAGACUAACAAGAGCGAAUCGUUGGAGAUUGAUUUGGAGGCUGAAAGAGUUAAGGCUGCUACCGCCGAGGAGGCCAAACAGAAAGCCGACGAGGCGCGAGAGAUUAGCACCUCUGCUCUUAAUGUAGCCCAAAACAAUUAUGCUGAAGCUCAAUCAAUUGUAGAUAGCUGGUCUCCGAGGCUGAAUGGAUGCGCGAUGGCUAACUCCAUUUUGAAUGCUUCUGAGCUAGAUGCGGCUGUUGCCGUUCUCAUAGAUGCCUCACGCGCGGUUGGGCACCGUGGAGGUUAUCUAGAGUGUGCUCAACAUGUUGAAGAGGCGUUUGGACAGGAAUUUUAG